ACACUGGUUAUAUCAAUGGAUCUUUUUGUUCAUUACAAUUUAGUAAAGUUGAGGGAGCAUUUGAGUAAAAACGGUAUUUGGUCACUAAAACGUUAUCUUGAUAUAUUGAGUGAGUUGCUAAGUGUGGUGUGUGUAAGGGUAACAAUGUCAUCGAUUUCGCUAUCAUUUCUUCAAACCACAUGCUCCUUUUCAAACCUUAAUCAGCAACAUAAUAAACUCUUGAUUUCGUCGUCUCACUCUCACCGGAGAACAACUUCUUUGAUCGUAGAAGCGUCCGCCAGAACUCGUCAAGAUAACCGAAAAGCUCGUCAUGCUCGUAUCCGUAAGAAGGUGGAAGGGACACCGGAAAGACCAAGAAUGUGCGUCUUUCGUUCCAACAAGCAUCUAUAUGUCCAGGUGAUUGAUGAUACUAAAAUGCAUACUCUUGCAUCAGCUUCAACAAUGCAGAAACCGCUCUCUGAGGAGUUUGAUUUCACUUCUGGUCCCACUACUGAUGUAGCUAAGAAAAUUGGGGAAGCUAUUGCAAAGUCAUGCAUCGAGAAAGGGAUCACAGCUGUGGCCUUCGAUCGAGGCGGUUAUCCCUAUCACGGACGUAUUCAAGCGCUUGCUGAUGCAGCUCGAGAACAUGGUCUUCAGUUCUAGUGAUGUGGUCCAUCUUUUCUUGUUGUAGCAUUUCAAGUAUGAAUCUUUUUUGUCUUCCAUAUUAUCUAUGUGCCAUUGUUGAAAUUUAUCAAAGCUGCAUAUAUUUGUUAGUA